UGUUGAUAUUCAACCACUGAAUGUUUUACUUUUACCAAUUGAUAAUGCAGUUCAUACGAUUCUUGAUACAUUAGGAUCUCUUGUACAAACAAUUGAUGCAUCAACAAUUGAUUCAUUAAUAUUAUUAGAUAUAAAAUGUCGUAUCGUAAAAGCAUUAUAUGAUGUAUUGAAUUAUAAACAAGUUAUUGAAAUUUUCAUGCAAAAACCUUAUGCAUCAAUUAUUGCUAAACUAUCGACUUCAAUGGAUUAUUUUGAUUCAAUUCGUAGUACAAUACCAAAUGAUUUACGAUUAUUUAAUCGAUUACAUUUAGAACAACAUUAUCUAAGUUUAGAUAGAUAUCUAAGAAAAAAUCAAAUAGUAGAAAAUAAACUUAAUAUCAUUAUUCAUAAUAAAAAUGAAUUGAAUCAAAUGAAAAUUAUUCGUGAUCCUAUUAUUUCACAAUAUCUAUCUGAAACAAAUUCGAUAGAUCAAGAUUGGAAACCAAUUGCAUCUAAAAAUGAGAUAAAAUCCUAUAAAAAAGGUCGAUUAGGAAAUUAUGAUAUUCAGAUUAUUUCUGUACCUGAUAAUGAUAAUAUAUCGGUUUUUGAAGAAUGUGGUAUCAAACAUAAAUUCAAAGGACGCAUUAAUAUAAAUGAUGACAUUGGAAAUAUUCGAUAUCGAACUUUUAUUCUUGAUGGCAUAGAAGUGAACGCAGGAAAAUGGUAUUUUUGUGUUAGACUUCCACUAGGUGGUGCAGCACUAAUUGGCUGGGCAACGAAGGGAUUUAAUCCACCGUUACAUGAUAGUUGGGGUAUUGGUGAUGAUAAAUAUUCAUGGGGUUUCGAUGGAUCAAGAGGAGUUUAUGAUCAUAGACAACGUAGUAGCUUUUAUUCUGAAAAUUCUUGGGAUGAAGAAGCUGUAUGUGGCUGUGGUAUUGAAAUUGAUGAUAAAAAUACGAAUAUUAAAUAUUGGUUAAAUGGUAGAUUUAUAGGUAUAGUAUAUUCACAUUCGGAAAAUACAACAAUUAAAUCAGCAAUUAAAACAAAUUUAUCACCAAAUGGAAUUUUUGCUACUUAUUUUCCUGCUGUUACUGUUAAAGUCUAUCGUAAUGUAGCUAAUACAGGUGUUUUCGAAUUUAUUUUUAGUCCAGAAGAUAUGACAAAAUGUCCGCUACCAAAAGGAUACAAAUCAUUAUUAAUGCCAAAAUUAUUGACAAUGGAAAAUGUACUAGUAGCAUAUCCUUCUAGUGCAUAUCUUAUUAGUAAUGAUAUUCAACAAUAUUUCUAUACGAGUCGUUGUCCGAAGAAUGACUUCAAUGACAAGAAAAUUUCUUUGCUACGUGAUUUUGUUAAUGAUCAACAUUUUGAAGUUCCAUUCAAUAUUGAUAUGGUAACAAUGGAUGAUAAUUUAUUAAAACUAUCUAAAGAGAAUGAUGGCUUUCUAUUAUCA